GCGUGGUCUGGGGAAAAGGGGGCGUGGUCUGUGGGAAAGGGGGCGUGGCCAUGCCGGAGGAGGGCGGGGCCCUCUGCCUGCUCUGCCUGGCCGCAGGCAGCGGCCUGCCCCUCUUCUGCCGCACCCGGGGGGGCCCCCCCCGCCCGCAGCUGCCCUUCUCGCUCAUCGGCUCCCUCCACGCCGUGCACGUGUUCGGGGCCGGCGCGGGCGCGGCGCUGCGGGGGGCGGCCACCCCCACCACCCGCCUGGCCUGGGGGGGCUACGGGCAGAGCAUCACCCUGAUCGCGCUGAGCUCCGCCCCCGGCCCCGCCCUCAGCCGCCUGCUCGACUCCGCCUUCAGCGCCAUGGUGCUGGUGCUGGGACUGGACGAACUGGUGCCCAUCCGCAACGUGGAGCGGCUGAAGCGGGAGCUGAGGGUAGGGGGGGGGCUUCCGGUCACGGGGUGGGCUGUUUCUAGCCGGAAUGGGCGGACUUCCGGUGUGUCUGGAGGACUUCCGGUGGCGGGGGAUGGUUUUAUUAGGGUUUUCGGACAAUUCCGGGUUCUGGGGACAAUGUUUCACGUCGGAAUCGGCGGACCCCUGAAGUCCGUUGAAGGACUUCCGGUCAUAGAGAUGAAGGCUCACGGGGGACUUGGAGGACUUCCUGGUCCCAUGGAGGACUUCCGCCCAUAG